UUUUGGGGGAGGGGUCCCGGGGGGGGUCCAUGGGGAGCGUCUGGAAGCGGCUGCAGCGCGCGGGGAAGCGCGCGGCCAAGGUUCGCUUCGAGGCCACCCUGGAGGAGCUGCUGCUGGAGGGGGGGGGCAGCUGGACCCCCGACAGACUGACCGUGGUGUGGAGCCGGCGGCAGCGCAGGGUCUGCUCCAAGCCCCGCAGGUGGCAGCCGGGCAUCCAGGACCCGCGGCGGGGGAUGGUGGUCUGGGUGGUGCCCGAGACCCUCGAGGUGGUGGUGACCCUGUACCGGGACCCCCAGGCCACCGCCUUCGAUGACAAAACCUGGAACUUCCUCGUGGUCAACGAGUCGCGGGGCCGGCGCUCGGUGGUGGCCGCGGCCCCGCUGGAGCUGGGGCGCCUGGCGGGGGUUGGGGACACCCCCGUGUCCCUGUCCCUGCGCCCCCGGAGCCGCAAGGUGACAACGGCCACGCUGCGGCUGCGGCUGCGCGGGCUCGUCCUGAUGGAGGGACACCCCACGGACGAGGACAUGCAGAGUGUCACCAGCCUGAGCCCCCCCGGGGACGUGGCCGACCUGGGGGACUUCGAGAGUGACCCCGAGGACGAGGGGGGGGGCGCACAGGGCGGGGGGCGCCCCCCCCGCACCCCGAGCGCGGACCCCCCCGGGGGUCGCGGGGCGCUCCUGGCCUGGUGCCGGGGGGUCACGGCCGGGUACCCGGGGGUCGCCGUCACCGAUUUCGGGGGGUCCUGGAGCAGCGGGUUGGGGUUCUGCGCCCUCCUGCACCGGCUGAGACCCCGCGAGAUGUGGCAGCCGGGCAUCCAGGACCCGCGGCGGGGGAUGGUGGUCUGGGUGGUGCCCGAGACCCUCGAGGUGGUGGUGACCCUGUACCGGGACCCCCAGGCCACCGCCUUCGAUGACAAAACCUGGAACUUCCUCGUGGUCAACGUGUCCCCGAGCCCCGACCCGCGGUGUCCCCAGCUGUCCCCGGCUGUCCCCAGCUGUCCCCCCGCGGUGUCCCGUGGAGUCGCGGGGGCCGGCGCUCGGUGGUGGCCGCAGCCCCGCUGGAGCUGGGGCGCCUGGCGGGGGGUUGGGGACACCCCGGUGUCCCUGUCCCUGCGCCCCCGGAGCCGCAAGGUGACAACGGCCACGCUGCGGCUGCGGCUGCGCGGGCUCGUCCUGAUGGAGGGACACCCCACGGACGAGGACAUGCAGAGUGUCACCAGCCUGAGCCCCCCCGGGGACGUGGCCGACCUGGGGGACUUCGAGAGUGACCCCGAGGACGAGGGGGGGGGCGCACAGGGCGGGGGGGCGCCCCCCCCGCACCCCGAGCGCCCCCCUCCCCAGCGGGGCCCCCCCCAAUUUGGGGACACGGAGGGACCCCCCCAGAGCCGGGGGGGGGACCCAGAGACCCCCCCCGAAAUCAGCGCGGACCCCCCCGGGGGUCGCGGGGCGCUCCUGGCCUGGUGCCGGGGGGUCACGGCCGGGUACCCGGGGGUCGCCGUCACCGAUUUCGGGGGGUCCUGGAGCAGCGGGUUGGGGUUCUGCGCCCUCCUGCACCGGCUGAGACCCCGAGAGAUUGAUUUCGAGGCUCUGGACCCCCGGGACCACCGGGGCAACAACAAACGGGCCUUCGACGCCUUCGCGGCCCUGGGGGUCCCGCGGCUCCUGGACCCCUCGGACAUGGAGACCCCCGACAGCCUGGGGGUCAUGACCUUCCUCAGCCAGGUCCGAGCGCUCCUGGGGACCCCCCCCGGGGACCCCCCCGCGACCCCCGAGCGGCUUCACCGAGGGGGGGCCCCAAGAGACCCCCCCGGAGACCCCCCAGGACUUUCGGGAUGGAGCUUCCCCCGCCUGCGGGACCCUCCCCCGAAGGGUGACGUCGGGACCCCCCCCGCCCCUCCCCCCUCCGGUGAGCGCGGGGGGGGCGCGGCCGUGGGACCCCCCGGGGGGGAGUCGGGGUCACCCCCGUGUGUCCCCCCCGUGUCCCCUCCCCCCCCAGAGACCCCCAGGGAGCCCCUGGAGCCCCCCGAGGAGGAGAGCGGGGGACAGUGGGUGGCGGCCGAGCUGCUGGCCCUGGAGCAGGAGCAGGCCCGGCUGGACGCUCAGGCCCCGGCGCUGGAGCGGGAACUGCGGGAGCUGAUGGACAGCGGCGCGGACCCCUCCCGCGAGGAGCGGCUGCUCCGGGCCUGGUUCUCGCUGGUGCAGCAGCGGAAUUUGCUGGUGCGGCGACAGGACCAGCUGCAGCUGCUGGCGCAGGAGCGGGACCUGGAGCGACGCUUUGAGCUGCUGAGCCGGGAGCUGCGGGGGCUGCUGGGGACAGAGGAGUGGCAGAAGCCGCCGGCACAGCGCGAGCGCGAGCAGCUCUUACUGGAGGAACUGGUGGCACUGGUGAACCGGCGGGACCGGCUCGUGCGGGACCGGCACCGCCGCGAGAGCAGGGCGCUGGAGGAGGAUGAGGAGCUGCGGCGGAGCCUCGAGCCCCGGCACCGCCGCUUCGGCCGCAGGGAAACGUGCGGGAUCUGCUGAGGGACCCCCCGGGACCCCCCCCGGGACCCCCAAAAUCCCCCCCCGGGACCCCCCAGAUCCGGGUGGAUGCAGCAAUAAAGGAGAAUUUCUGUGUGAAA